CCUAUAAACAGAGUUACACUAACCACAAGAACACAACCACUUCAACAAACAAACAAACAAACAUGAAAGCAGCAUGCGCCGUUUUUAUACUUGCCCUUACGUCGUCCUCCAUCGGAGCGCCUCAAGACUUGCAGCAGAGAUGGGGGGAGUGGCAAGUGAAGCACGGGAGGAGGUACAGCAGUCAGGGGGAGGAGGAGGGGCGAAGGAGGGCGUGGCAGGUCAAUCAAGACUGGGUGAAGGGUCACAAGAACAGGGGAGACGCCGACUUGUCAAUGGAGAUGAACCAGUUCGCUGACGGGACGCAGCCUGGACGUCAGCUCCUCCACCCUAGUGCUCAUUCCCCCACAGUAGACAUCAUCCACAACAACAUGUCACCAGACAACGACGUAUCACCAACUCGUCCAAAGUCGUUUGACUGGAGAAGCAAGGGAGUUAUCUCCCCUAUCAACAACGAAGAUCAAUUUGGCAAUAAUUUCGCCGUCGUUGAUAGAGGGUGUGUCGAGAGCUUCCAGGCCAUAAAGACUGGUAAUCUGGUCGGGUUGAGCACGUGGGAGAUUGUGGACUGUUGUCCGUUAGCGGAAGAUGACUUCUUUGACUGCAUACACAACCUCGGUGGCCUGUGCAGUGCGAAUGAUUACCCACUUUAUACAGGGCAGUGCAGAAACAACACAUGUCAAGCGGUAGGGAUGAUCCAGGGAGGGAAAGCCGUGCCAGCAGGCCAAGUGGACCAAAUGGUGGACGCCCUGCUCGAGCGCCCCCUAGCGGUACUCAUCGAUAGCAGCGCAGCCUCGUUCGAGCGGUACCAAAAUGGUAUCUACAACGACACUGACUGCAGCAGGACUGAAGUAGGCCACGCCAUGCAAGUGGUGGGAUACGGGGAGGAAGAUGGGCAGGAGUUUUGGAUUUGCAAGAAUACCUGGGGCAAUACAUGGGGAGACCAAGGUUAUGUCCGCAUGAAGAAGGGAGCAGAUACUUGCGGCAUUGAAUCCCAUGCGAGUUACCCCUACUAACACGAGACGUCCUCAAACUGGUGUCAUAUUGAUGUAGACCUGUGGGUCCGUUUUACCCUGUUUAAACGUCCAGAUAGUCACAUCCACAUUCGUUUACUGCUCUUAUUGGAUACUAAACUGCCGCGCCAGUGAGAGUAUACACCCAUGUUCGAGGGUGGCUAAAAAUGUAACAAACAAGUGAGUGAGUGAGUAUGGUUUGACGCCGCUUUUAGCAAUAUUCCAGUAAUAUCACGGCGGGGGACACCAGAAAUGGGCUUCACACAUUGUACCCAUGUCGGGAAUC